AUGAGAGGCAAAACAGCAGCAGAAGGAGCAGCAGCACCAGCAGCAGCAGAAGAAGAAAAACACAGUGGAAAACACAGAAAGCAGCACCUGCAGCAGCAGCAGCAGCAGCAGCAGCAGCAUCGCCGCCAUAACAAACCAGAUCAGCUGCCGAAGCAGCAGCAGGCGGUGGUUGAUACUCUCAAGACAAACAAAGCAGCAAAAGCAGCAGACAAAAAGAAAGCAGAUAAAACAAGAAAACAAAAACUAGAAAAAAUUCUGCAUGAAGUUCUUACAUUGAUGAAUACAGAGGGGCCCGGGCUGUAUCUGUACGACAUCCGCGACGCUCUAACACAAAAAAAAAUAUUAGAUAGAUGCAAGAUAACCCUGGGGGGGUUGCUGGGGGCGGGGGGUACUGCUGUUGUGUUGAGAGUUUUAGUUGAUGAUGAAACAGAUGCUGCUGUGCUGGGGUGGAAUGAGUUUGCGCUAGCUGUUGUGUUGAGAGUUUUAGUUGAUGAUGAAACAGAUGCUGCUGUGCUGGGGUGGAAUGAGUUUGCCCUGAAGAUGCCUUAUUACUCUUUCGGUGAGCCCGUAGAAAUCACGAAACAGCUGCGGAGACUUGUGCUUGAAGAUAUGAAACUCAUGCUUGACAGCGAGGUAGAGCCGCUGCGGCGAGCAGCAGCAGCAGCAGCAGCAGCAGCAGGAGCAGCAGGAGGAGGAGGAAGCAGAGGAAGCAGAAGAGGUGGUGAGGCCCCUACAGCACGAAAGCUGGUGCAUGAAAACCGAUGGGUAUUGCCUAUAUUCACAGCGAUGCUCGGUGACCCCGAUGAAACUCUCUUUCAACACCAAGAUACUCUGUUUCUGAAUAGUGUAUUACUAGCAGAAGUUAUGGCGGGUGAUGGAGCUGACCUGCUGCAUGAGAGCCCGUACGGCCACGCCGUGGAUCGUAUGCCUAUAGAAAGCCGUUUGUUUGUAUGCGGCCAAGUCAUCGAGACAGUAGCCAAGCUGCACGCCAGCGGUGUGUGUCAUGCAGAUGUGAAACCUGAAAAUUUUUUGAUUGCAAAAGACGGAACUGUUCAUCUCGCAGACUUUGGUAUGGCUGGAAAUAUUGGAGAAAGAAGAAAUUGCACCGAAAAAAUCACUCUUUUGUUCAUGGAUCCGACCCAUGCAAGUUGUUUCGUGCGGGGGGGUCAUACAACACUGAAUGAGAAGUAUGAUGCUUGGUCUAACAGGACCUUCGUGCGGUCGGUGUGCCGCGAUCCUGGGCGGAAAUGA